AUGCCAGAGGAAUACCAGCACAUAUGUGUUGUACGGGCUUUCGUCAAAUGGAUUCUUAUAUCAGGCUUAACAGAAGGUUACUUGUUCCGAAAAAUUCGAGCUAAUGACCGCCUCGCUGAGGAGAAUGAACCUAUGACGUCGGAACAAUUUCUUGAGAUGUUUCGAAACAACCUUCUUGAUAUAGGUGUCGAUUUUGUUCCUUAUGGAACCCACUCAUUCCGACGUGGUGGGUGUCAGUGGCUUUCUGUGGAGCGUCGUUGGCCUUUGCGUCAGAUUUGUGAGUGGGGGGGGUGGAGUCAGGAAUUCACACAUUUAACUAUUGUGAAAUACCUCAUCUCCUGGAACGACAACCCUCAUGUUGACCGUGAUGAUUUCUUUAACAUGAAUCGCGCACCUACUACAGUUUGUCCUACUUGUAACCGGUCAUGCCAUUGUGCUUAG